AUGUCAAAAUUAUUUAAUUCAAUCUUUAUUUCUCAUGGAGCACCAAAUCUUAUCUUAGAUCAUUCGGAUAAAACAAGAGAAUUUUUAAAAACAUUAUCAAAAAAUCAUUAUGGUUCAGUAAAACCAAAAGCAGUUUUAUUAAUAUCUGCGCAUUGGGAAGAAAGAGAAUUUACAAUUCAAACUAAACCAGAACCAGAUGUAAUUUAUGAUUUCGGUGGAUUUGAACCAGAGAUGUACAGAAUGAAGUAUCCAGCAAAAACAUCACCAGAAUUAAUUGAUAGAGUAUCAGAAUUAUUUGCAAAAGCAAAGAUACCAUUAGGAAAAGAUAAUAAACGUGGAUAUGAUCAUGGUGCUUGGAUGCCAAUGAAAUUGGUAUAUCCAGAAGCUGAUGUACCAAUAGUUCAAUUAUCUAUAAAAGAAAAUUUAAAUGCUGCUCAACAUUUUCAAAUUGGUACAAUUUUAAGACCAUUAAGAGAAGAAGGUUAUUUAGUUUUAGCUAGUGGUGGAUCUGUUCAUAAUUUAAGAGCAAUUUUUGAUCCAAAAUAUCAUUUAGAUCCAUCUUGGGCUUCAAAUUUUGAAGCAUGGUUACAAAAUACAAUUUGUGAAAAGAGUGGUAAAGAACGUGAGGAUGAACUUUUAAAAUAUGAAAGUUUACCAUAUUAUAAACUUGCACAUCCACGUUCUGAACAUUUAAUACCAGUUUUUGUAGCAGCCGGUUGUGCAUCACCAGAUUCAAAAGGUGUUAGAGUACAUGAUUUUUGGAAAACACCAGUUUUUAGUGUUUCAAGUUAUUUAUUCAGUGAACCAAACAAUUAA